UUUGAUCCUAUGUGAUCCUCAAAAAUACCAUAGAAUGUUUUGAACCAGUACAAUACUUGAAUUACUCUUCUCGUGUUUGUAUACAUACAACAUGCAAGUGUGUUCGUGUUGUUAUGAUUGCCGCAUGCUAGAGCUAUACGUGCGGUAUCCCAUCCAAAGCAGCAGCAGUGACAGAGGAGGAAAUCAAACUAGCACAAUCCGGUGGCAGUUUUCCAAUAAUUCACGAUAGAUCAAUCGGAAGUCGAAAGAAAAAAUGGGUUUUCACAAAACCACCAGUAUAAGUCCUCCUGUGCAUUAACAGAUAAUAUUUCAUCUAAGUUUUAAUUUCCACUUCAAUUUCUCUCGAAUCGAUAAAUUCUAUGCGGUCGUCUGUUUCCGGAGUGUGCCACUGUAUCUGCUAGUCGCCGGAAUUGUCGCAAGUUGCAGUCGUCGGUGACUCAAUCUUCCGUCCUUUCAGAUUUUGGAACAAAUAGCGGCAGCAGCUGCAGCGAUAACCAGCUUGACGAGAGAGGCGGUGGUGCGCGUGACCGAGAGGUAUGAUAAAGUUCCGCAUUUCAUCGCGACAGGUGUAUGCUGUUGUUGGCUACGGUUUGCUGUUGGUGUUUUUGUUAUGGCCGGAUCGUUUCGCGAGCCGGUAUGAAUAUAUUGAUGGAGAGGAGAUAUAUGACCAGCUGGUACGGAAAACAACCAAGAAUGUCAGUCUAAUGCGAAACGGCAUUCGGUGUGAUUACAGUGAUGUGAUUGAGGAAAAUGUGUACCUUUAUCGGAGGCCUUUCACCGAGGAGAUUAUUAAUAAUAAUGUUAAAUUAGGCGGCGAAUGGUAUCCGGAAGACUGUCUUCCUAGCUUCAGCACGGCAAUUAUAAUCCCAUAUCGACAGCGCGAGCAACAGCUUGGCCAGUUCCUGAUGUACAUGCACAACUAUCUCCGCCGACAGAGGAUCCACUAUCGGGUUUUUAUAAUCGAACAGUAUGAUCCUAAACCCUUCAACCGGGCAAAGCUUUUCAAUAUUGGCGCGCUCAUUGCGAUGAAAUUGGACUAUCCGUGCUUGGUGUUGCACGAUGUGGAUCUCAUGCCGCAAAAUCUAGGCAAUCUGUAUGCUUGCUCGCAACGACCCCGACAUAUGUGUUCAAGCUUGGAUGUGUUCCGGUAUAAUUUGCCCUACAGAGGACUUUUCGGUGGGGCGACUGCUAUCCAGUCUAACCAAUUUAUGAAAAUUAACGGCAUGUCCAAUAUGUUCAGCGGCUGGGGCGGCGAAGAUGAUGAUUUCUUCGCUCGCUUGAAGAACAAAAAGAUCGAUAUAUGCCGGUUUAGUCCCCAAUACAGCCGAUACACUAUGCUCAAGCAUCGCAAGGAGAAACCGAACAAAGAUCGGGUUGCGUUUUUAAGGAAUGGUCAUCUGAGGUACCAUUCCGAUGGGUUGAACUCGCUAGUUUAUAAAGAGGUCGGGUACAGACUGGAUAAUUUGUUCACACAUGUGUUGGUAGAAACGUAAGUUGAAACCAGUACUUGAGUAUUUCACGAUUUUUUUUCGCGGCAAACACUUCUACAUAGUAUUAUAGUUUAGACACCGUAACUAACCGAAGACAUACUCCAUAACUGAAAUAUAAUACGCAAUAACUUGGAUUUUCAACUUCAGAGAAAUGUACUUCCCAAAGCACGAACAAAAUUGCUCGCCAAUAACUCCAACAUGCUUUUCACAAGACUAGAUUCUAUACUUAUCACACAAAAGAUUGCAAUAACCGGAAACGUCAAUUGUCGAAGUAAAACAAACAAUAACAGUAGAUUGCGGAGCAAUAAUUUUAAAAUGUGAUUUUAAAGAGACUAGCAACUCUCAUCAUGCCUUAUGCGGCUCCGGAACACAAAACAGCGGCGUUUGUUUUGAAGUUGUUAAAACACCACACUUGUAGCGUUUUAAAUGCGAGAGUUAUUAUUAUAAGGGAACACCCUAGAGUAUGCAGCUAGUGAAAAAAAAGAAAGGAGUAGGAUGUAUUUCACAUUCGAAAUCCAUUAGUUUUACGAUAAGCUGUUGAUUAAGUGAAAUGAAACCUAAAACUAGUACGUAAGUAGGAUUUUCCAAUUAUCCAAUCUGCAAGCAGCAAAAAUAUCAACGGUCCGGGGUAUUAGGUCGAAAAUCUCUUUCGCUUGUUCAAACAAUGAACCUUUCCAUACUUUUGAGAGUAAUGAGGAGCAGGAGGGUACCAUUUCUAUAAAUCACGCAAUGUGAAUAAAAAAAUAAAAAAACAGGAAGUGGGUUAUAUUUAUGGUAUAACCGCAAUGGUGACGUAGGACUAUCGUUGAUUUAGAGAUCAUUUGUUUGAAGUUGAAUCUAAAUCCAUCCUGAAUGAAUGAAUAAAUACAUAUUUGGGUGACUUCAAAAA